AAAAUGACAGUUUAUAAAUGGUCUAUAUCUGCUUCCAAACAUAGUUCAAUAUGCAUAAUUAUGGCAAAUACAACGCCGUAAUGUAGCCUACAUUACAUGUUGAUCUAGACUACACAUAACAUUAGGCUCCAUGUCACCUAUUGCAAAGAUCCGGGAGUGCGCGACUACAUAUGGUAUAAUGUAGGUUACAUGUAUUGUUGUAACUUUAAGGUUUUUUCUCCUUACAAACGGGCUCGUUAUUGGUGGAACAGUGAAUGUCCUCAUUGGUUGUCUCACUCUAAUCAGCAGAGCGAGAUGAGGACAGCGUGUUGAUAGCGAUCAACCUGCUAUUAAUGUCUACGCUAUUCUUGUAAACAUUUAGUAGCUUCCUCGUCUAAUGUUAAUUGCUAUUUGAAUUUAUCCGCUUUAUAGACCCAGCCUUUGUGUGUAGUUUUUGCGACGGGAACCAUGUUUUUGUGUCGCGGAGCGAGGCUCUCGGCGACGGCUUUGGAGCUGGGUUUAAACUCCACGACCAGGGCAGCGGCGCAACUUAAAACAAACAGACCAGCUGACGUUACCUGGCCGUUGCGUAACAGCAACACAUUCAAUUGCUCCAGAUCGUUUUGUGGAUAUGUCCGUGGUGGUGGUCGGGAUAUUUCUGCACUUUCGCCUGAUGGAACGCGAGAAAAGAGGGAGAAGGACAUGUUUUCCAUCAAAAACUGGGACUCGGUUCGUUUCAUAAUCACGCAUCGGGAACAAUUACCUCGAGGAACCCUGUUCGCUUUUAAUUUCUCCAACAAAAUUAUUUUCAGCCCUACAUAUUGUAACACUAGCUUACCGCUACAUCGGACGAAUGGAGGCCAAAACAGACAGAAACGACAUAUAGCUGGACUUGAAACGGUUUUGUUUACGUCUGGCGCGGAGGUCUGCAAGCAUCGCUUCUGUCCCACGUCGACUGUGCAAAUGAGGGAUCUGUCCUCUGUUGCUGCCGCGCCGAAAGGCCUGGAAGACUCCGCCGCUGUUCUCAAAGGGGUAAAUGUUCAACUUUCAAUGGACCAGACUUCAAAGGAAGCCUCAGCCAAGGUCCCUGAGGAGCCCAAGGUACCAGAGCCCGAAGAGGACAAACCCAGCAAGGCCCAGCAGCUGAAGAAGGUGUUUAAGGAGUACGGAGCAGUGGGCGUCUCCUUCCACGUAUGCAUCUCCCUCAUGUCUCUGGGAAUGUUCUACCUGGCUGUGUCUAGUGGGAUUGACAUGGCUGCCAUCCUGUACAAGAUAGGUUUCAGUGAAUCUCUGCUUCAGUCCAGGUUGGCGGCGGGGACCAGUACAUUUGUCUUGGCGUACGCCGUCCACAAGCUCUUCGCUCCUCUCCGAAUCAGCAUUACUCUGGUGUCGGUGCCUCUCCUCGUUCGGUACCUCAGAAAGACUGGCCUCUUCAAGACCCCCAACUCACCCACACCCUGAUUGGCAGACACCACCAUCUCACCCACACCCUGAUUGGCAGACCUCACCCACACCCUGAUUGGCAGACCUCACCCACAGCCUGAUUGGCAGACCUCACCCACAGCCUGAUUGGCAGACCUCACCCACAGCCUGAUUGGCAGACACCACCACCUCACCCACAGCCUGAUUGGCAGACACCACCACCUCACCUACAGCUUGAUUGGCAGGCACCACCACCUCACCCACAGCCUGAUUGGCAGACACCACCACCUCACCCACAGCCUGAUUGGCAGGCACCACCACCUCACCCACAGCCUGAUUGGCAGGCACCACCACCUCACCCACAGCCUGAUUGGCAGGCACCACCACCUCACCCACAGCCUGAUUGGCAGGCACCACCACCUCACCCACAGCCCGAUUGGCAGGCACCACCACCUCACCCACAGCCCGAUUGGCAGGCACCUCACCCACAGCCCGAUUGGCAGGCACCUCACCCACAACCCGAUUGGCAGGCACCUCACCCACAGCCCGAUUGGCAGACCUCACCCACAGCCCGAUUGGCAGGCACCACCACCUCUAACUUCCAUAACCUUACAAAUAUUCCCUGUUUUUUCAGAUAUGGCUUUUGUAGGAUUUCUAGAAUCAGGAAGGAUUAAGCUUUGAGUCCCUCGAACUUGGAAUUCUGCCGGAGAACAAACAGGGAGUUUUUGUGAUGUGUUUCUGAAUUUGGAAACUCCUUGAUGACCCACGAGGUCCACUUUUAACCCACCUAUACAUUUUUAUUUUAUAUAUGAAAGUUCAGUAGUUAGACCUCACGAUGUCUGUUUCAAAGCUCUGCAGUUUCCGUUGGUUUGCUAAAUCUUAGUUUUUGCUUAACAGAAGCCAUGGUCCAUGGUGAUUUUGUUGACCCGUUAGUUCACAAAGAAAUACGAGCCAUGUCUUUCUGUGAAUUAUUGGAAUAAAGAAUGAAUCCACUGUUCCAGGUUUAUCAGUGAUUUAUAGUGACAGAAAGUUUCAGUUUUUAAAUUCAUCCGUUCUUGACCUACACUGAGUGGACAAAACAUUAAGAACACUCUUUCCAUGACAGACUGACCAGCUGUAUCAAAGUGUAAACUAUGACCUCUUAUUGAUGUCACUUGUUAACUCUACUUCAAUCAGUGUAGAUGAAGGAGAGGAUGCAGGUUAAAGAAGGAAUUUCUAUUGAGUUUUUUGUCAAUUGAGACAUGUAUUGUGUAUGUGUGCCACUUAAAGGCUGAAUGGGCAAGACAAAAUGUUGAAGGGUCUUUGAACAGGGUAUGGUAGUAGGUACCAGGCGUACCGGUUUGUGUCAAGAACUGCAAUGCUGCUGGGUUUUUCACGCUCAACAGUUUCCCGUGUGUAUCAAGAAUGUUCCACCACCCAAAGGACAUCCAGCCAACUUGAUACAACUGUGGGAAGCAUUGGAGUCAACAUGGGCCAGCAUCCCUGUGGAACGCUUUCGACACCCUGUAGAGUCCAUGCCCAGACUAAUUGAGGCUGUUCUGGUGGGGGGCAACUCAAUAUCAGGGAAGGUCUCCUUAAUGUUUUGUACAGUGUGUUUAUGCAUUCUAAAAAAAGACAACCAAGGAUGAUCUGUCCCAGAUUAUAUUGAUUUACAAUCAUACUGAACCAGUUGGCACUGAACAAAGACCUCAGGGAUGAAAUGUAGACUAAAUCCUCCCUUAUUUAACAGAAGUUGAGAAUGUUGUAAACGUUUUGAAAGGAUGUUCUUUAGGAUCAGGAAUGUGCUGGUUACUGAUGGAGGUUGGUCUCAGUCCGUCAGCAUCUCUUGGUGCUGGGAAGGUUCUUCCGGGGGGGCGGUGAUGUAGCUGAUCACCACUACUAGUGGAGUAGCCAUGUUCUCCUCUCUUCCUAGUGCCUGGUGAAUGGAUCAGCAGAAAUAUUCAGGUGUUAAAUCUCUCCCACGUCAUUUUGCCUGGAACCAAAACGGUGAUCUUUUUUUUAACCUUUGUUUUCCAUCACAGGUGGUAGAAAAGGAACGUAAGUUUGGAUUCCAGGUGACCUUUUAAUAAUUAGUCAAGCAAUCAUCAUUUGUGUCUAAUGUAAGGACUUUUUAUAGCCUGAUUCCUGCUCUGUUAGUGCUGCGACUCCUACGGUCAUUGUUGUUUGGUAUGAGAAUACCAUAGGAGUUGGCAAGACAGUACAAACACAUCAGGGACCAGGCUAAGUUCUCUAUGAUAAGCUCUGUAUGAAGUAAGGACAUGAUGUUAGCAUAUCCAUCCAUACCAUAGUUAUGAAUAUGAUAAUUGUGUAAAAUAUAUCUUUUUUGAAUUGGAGUUGUAUUUAAUUAUUAAAAAGGACUGCUAUCCUC